AUGCCCUCGUCCUCUACCGCACCAUACGGCACAAUCCUCACUUGGCGCCGCAAGAAGGCCAGGCGCCGCCGCCGCACGACCGCGGAGCCUGCUCUUUCAGAUUUGGACGAGUUCGAGUUCCGAGUUGCGUUUUCGAGCACAGAGAUUCGAUGGGUCACGGAAAGCGAGGCCCAGCUGGCGGCGCCCGAUACAGUCUUUGGCUUCUAG